GUUACGCUACAUACAUAACUUUGGUACACGGUACACUAUCGAUUCCUGAUUAUAUUUCUUGGACGCGUGUGUUAUAUGUGUCCGUGUACGUUUAAUUAAAAAAAAAAGUACAAACAUUAAUUAUACGUGAAAAAUACAAACGUACCGUGUUAUGCUAUUUCUAAUGAUAAAAUUUAAUAACGUAUUUAUAUAAAUUAAUAUUAAAUAAAAUUCUUUUGAAAUAAUAUUUCUUAUAUCAUAUCAUCAUUCUUGAUGAUGCCGGUAAUACGUAUUUGCAGUCAAAUUUAAAUAUGGAAUCGAACUGUCAAAGUUCAGAUUUAAAUAUGAAACAUAUGCUUGGACAAUUAACGGCGGCUAGAAACGAGAUUAAUAAUUUAAGGCAACAAAUAAAAAGUUUACGAUACAUGCAUGAAAAAGAUAUUAAUAAUAUUAAACAUCUCUUGGAAUUAUGUAAAAAUGGUACAACCAAUUUGGAAUCUAAGAAAAGAUCAUUGGAAGACGUUAAGCCUGGUACAAGCAAUGAAGAGGAUACAUUAAAAUUAAAACCAAUUGGGAUAAUUUCUACCUGUUUUCCCAAUAAAAGAGGUGUACCGCGACAGCCUGGAGUUUCUGGAAGAACAUCGGGGAAAAUAUUAAUUCAUAAUUCAGUGUUUACAAAUCCUGAUCACGCGCUCCAAGGAUUACAAGACUUUUCUCAUUUAUGGAUCAUAUUUCAUUUCCAUAGAAAUGAUUCAACGCAUAUUCGUGCUAAAGUGGCUCCACCAAGAUUGAACGGCAUUAGAACAGGUGUAUUCUCUACACGUUCUCCUCAUCGUCCUUGUCCUAUUGGCUUGAGUUUAGUGAAAAUAUUAAAAAUUGAUAAUUAUACUAUUUACUUUGAGGGUGUAGAUAUGGUAGAUCAAACACCGGUAUUGGAUAUAAAACCUUACAUACCACAAUACGACAACCCAUUACAUGUAGAAAAAUUGUGCAAUAGAUUAAUGGAAUAUCCAACGAAUGAGAUGGAAUCGGUCGAGUAUAUGGAAGAAUGUAUUAAUUUAACCCAAGAUCAAACAUCCAAUUUAAAUACCAACUUUGAAUCAAAUAAUGAUACAAGAAAUAGGCUUUCCGAUUUAUAUCUUAGAAAUGGUUCUUAUAACAUAGUUCAAGAAACAGAUGUUUCCAGAGAUGAAGAACUUGCCCUUAGAUUACAAGCAGAAGAAUUUCAAGGAUAUCCUAAUUUGGAGAAUUAUUUAGAAUCAAGAAAUUAUAUUCAAUCUUCGGAUCUUCAUUCGGAGAAUACUUUGCAAAAUAAUGAAAGUACUAAUUCAUAUGAAAUAUCAAAUCCAAUUGUAAAUACAUCGUCCAAUUCAAGAUCAGAUUUUACUGCAACAAUCGAAAGUAAUGUACGUAGUUUGGAAUCAGAUUCAGAAGAUAUAGGAGAUUUGAGUACCACAUUUCAAGAUGUAUCUUAUAAUGAUCAAAAUAAUAUCGAUUCAAUUUAUACAUUGAGAAACGACAGAGAUAAUUACACGGAGAUUCAUACUUCUCGUAAUUCCAGACUCCUGGAUGGAGCGGAUGGACCAAAUACCGUCUGUGGUACAGAUUUAGAUUUAUUAAAUAGAUGUGCGUUAAAUUCAAGAGUUGAUAAUUCUCCAGUACGUAUGGGCAUUCGAGAAGCUCCAGACGGGGAAGAAGGUUUUCAACCGCAAACUUUAACACCUUCUCAAACUUUAUCAAAUUUUCCAGUAUCUGUAAGAACUACUACAGAUAAUAAUUCAUUACAGAGAGAGGAUGUCAAUUUAAUAGGUACUAACGAAUCGAGAGAAAAUGCUUCUUACGAAGUUAGAAUUCCAGAAUGGAUAUCGAGAUCAAAUAUACGAACACUAUCUGUAGUGUUUAACGAACGAGCUUUGACACAUUUGAAUGAAAUUUUAGAAGAUAAAGCCGAAGAAGAAAGAAGAGCUAUUGAGAAUGUUCUUAGAGAAGAUCCGCGAUCUGUAUACUUGAGACAAAGAUGGGGAAAUCAGUUUUAUACUUUUUUAAUUCAUAAUUUACACAUUACUUGUAAAUUUGACGAUAGUAGGGGUAUAGUAACCGUUUUUCAUGUACGUCAUGCAGGACGCAUUUGUGAAUGUGGACAACCAGAGUGGCAAUGCUUAGGUCAUUCUCCUAUACCUUAAUAUAUAUGACUUACACGUAUCUAACUCAUAUUUUAGUUAUAUAUUACAUUUUAUCAUUUUCUUACCUCUAAUAGACAUCUUUAAAUAAUACAUCCAGUAAUAUAACAGAGAAAAUAUAUUAUUAAGAAGUUCAAUUGUAUAUUUCUUAACGAAUUGUGUUAUUCAAAGUUUACAACAAAGUCUUUCACAUCUGUUUUAUAUAUAUCACUACCAUUUAUUGUCGCAAUAUAAUAAGUUCCUACGCGUGUCUUUUUUGUUUUAUAUUUUAUUCGUUGUAAUUUAGUUUCCAUGGAAAAUAUACCAUAUACUAUGUUGCA